AAAAUCGGCAAGGGAGCCAUCGUCUUGUUUCCUCUCCUCUCUCCCGAGUCUCGAUUUGCGCCGGCGGCGGAAGCAAUCGAUCUCCAUGGCGGCGACAGCGCUCCGGACCAUCUGCAAGCGGAUCGGCGGCCGCGCCAUCCGGCCAUCACCCUCCACCUCUCGCCUCUUCCACAGCACGAGAAAAGAAGAGCUCUACCGCCUGAUGUCCGAAAACAGGGCCAGGAUAGAAAACCAGAAGGGUCCGAUCAAGCACCUCUCAUCCCAUGUGGAGCGUAAACCCGAGGACCCCGUCUGGCGCUUCUAUCGCAGGGCAAAAUGGUACCAUUUAGUCAUCAUGUAUAGCCCAACAAUCCUUUAUGUCUGCAUGUCUGUGUGUGGUGUGCGUGAUGGCAAGAAGGAGAUGACACCAGCUGAGAAGGAGGACGGCUAGUUCCAUAGUGACUAACCCCAGCACUUUAUGUAGUUGCCAUUGCUCUGUUUGGACACCGUGGCUUUGUUAGACUAAAUUAUCUGUCAUGUUUAGUGCGUUUGUGUGUUAUGGUAAGGCUGAACUAGCUGUGGUGCUUGGUGUAAAGUGCUAUCUUAAAAGUUAAGACUGAGUUAUCAGUGAGAAUGUUGGCUCAAGUGGUAUAGUAGUAUGUUGGUGUUAUUUUGAUGUCUCUUGGCA